CUUUUUCACCGUAGGUACAAGAGUACAUACAAUUCUCUUCACUUUUCCAGAAGCAGCCGAAAAUGAAGAAAUUCUGGGAGCCCUUGUCUUUCAAGGACGUGGCUGUGAACUUUACCCAGGAGGAGUGGCAACAGCUGGGCUGUGAUGAAAAGAUCAUAUACCGGGAUGUGAUGCUGGAGAACUACAGCCACUUAAUCUCACUAGGGUUUGAUAUUACCAAACCAGAUGUGAUCAUCAAAUUGGAGCAGGGAGAAGAGCCAUGGGCAGUAGAAGGUGAAUUCCCAUGCCAGAACUGUUCAGAAGUCUGGAAAGUUGAUGACCUGAUAGAAAGAACCCAAGAAAUUGGAAACAAACAUUCAAGGCAAACAGUGUCCAUUAACAACAGAUUAUUGAUUGAAGAAAGAGAAGAUAUGUUUGAUAGAACUAUAAAUGUGGAAGCAAAUCAUGUUCCUUCAAACACGAAAUCUCAUCAUUGUGUUUCUUGUGGGAAGAGUUUAGAAUCUAUCUCAGAAUUAAUUAUUAGUGAUGGAAGCUAUGCAGAAAAGAAACUCGAGUGCCGUGACUGUGAGAAAGCACAUCACGCAGAGAAACGCUAUCCGUUUAAUAAAAAUAGGGAAACCUGUUCUCAAAAUGAAGAAAAUAUUCCUCAGAAAAUUGGAAUUUUGGAGAAAUCCUUAGAAUGCCUGGAAACCUUUAAGAAAGAAACUGUUUUCAUUCCUCAUAAGAGCACUUACAUCAGAGAGAAAUCCUAUGAUUGGAAUGAUUCUGGACCAGACUUCAUCCAGGUGUCAAAUUUCAACACAUAUCAGCAAUCACACAUGGAAAUUAAACCCUAUGAAUGCAGUGAAUGUGGAAAAGCCUUCUGUAAAAAGUCAAAAUUCAUUAUACAUCAAAGGGCUCACACAGGGGAGAAACCUUAUGCAUGUACUGUCUGUGGGAAGUCCUUCAGCCAGAAAGGAACCCUUACUGUUCAUAGGCGAUCACACUUAGAGGAGAAACCCUAUAAAUGUGAUGAAUGUGGGAAAACUUUUUGUCAGAAAUUACAUCUCACUCAGCAUCAGAGAACUCAUUCAGGAGAGAAACCCUAUGAAUGUAAUGAAUGUGGCAAAACCUUUUGCCAGAAGACACAUCUCACACUACACCAGAGAAACCAUUCGGGAGAGAGACCCUAUCCAUGCAGUGAGUGUGGCAAAUCCUUUUCCCGGAAGUCAGCACUCAGUGAUCAUCAACGAACUCACACUGGAGAGAAACUUUAUAAGUGUAAUGAAUGUGGGAAAUCCUACUACCGAAAAUCUACCUUGAUAACUCAUCAGAGAACACAUACAGGAGAGAAACCCUAUCAGUGUAGUGAAUGUGGAAAAUUCUUUUCUCGAGUGUCAUACCUAACCAUACAUUACAGAAGCCAUUUAGAAGAGAAACCUUAUGAAUGUAAUGAAUGUGGGAAAACCUUCAAUUUAAAUUCUGCCUUUAUUAGACAUAGGAAAGUACACACAGAAGAAAAACUCCAUGAAUGUAAUGAAUGUGGAAAGUUGACUCAGUUUUCAAAUCUCACUAAUACAACCAGUUUAGGAGAAAAACUCCAUGAAUGUAAUGAAUGUGGGAAAACCGUCCUUCAAAAUUCACCCUUUAAUGGGCAACAGUUACUUCCCAAAGGGGAGAAAUCUUAUGCAUGCAAUAUAUGUGGGAAAUUAUUCUCUGACUUGUCGUACUACACUGAACAUUAUAGGAGUCAUUCAGAGGAAAAACCUUAUGGUUGUAACGAAUGUGGGAAAACCUUUUCCCACAAUUCAUCCCUUUUUAGGCAUCAACGAGUACACACCGGAGAGAAACCUUAUGAGUGUUAUGAAUGUGGGAAAUUCUUCUCUCAGAAGUCAUAUCUCACUAUCCAUCAUCGAAUUCAUUCAGGAGAGAAACCCUAUGAAUGUAGUAAGUGUGGGAAAGUCUUCUCCAGAAUGUCAAACCUCACUGUCCACUAUAGAAGCCAUUCAGGAGAGAAGCCCUAUGAAUGCAACGAAUGUGGAAAAGUAUUUUCUCAGAAAUCAUACCUCACUGUACAUUAUAGAACUCAUUCAGGAGAGAAACCCUAUGAAUGUAGUGAGUGUGGCAAAAAGUUCCACCACAGAUCAGCCUUCAAUAGCCAUCAGAGAAUCCAUAGAAGAGGGAAUAGGAACAUACUUAAUGCUGAAAAUCUCUGAAAUCCAUGAUAAUGUUAAAAAAACCAAGUAUAAUGAGUAUGAGAAGUCCAAUAGGAAAUCAAAUGUCAUUGCUCACCCAAGAAUUCAUAGACCAAAAAAUCCCUUCUAUCUCUUGAAACAUGAAAGCAUCAUAGUCAUUUUAAUCUUGAUAUUUCAGAGAAUCCCAAGAAUGCAAUGAGGAGAACCUUUAAGUCCACAACACCCUUUCUGUACAAGAUACUUUAUAUAGGAAUUAACGUUUUUUUAAAAUUUUACUUUGGUUUCUAAGGGCACUACAUAUCAGGGAUUACUUCUGAGACAAAAUCUAUGAAUGGAAUGAAUGUGGAAAAUAUAUUCUCAAAAAUUGUUAUAGUGAAAGCCAUAUUUCAUAUUUAAAUCUAAUGCUUAGAGGAAAAACGAGAAUCCAUUGCCUUUGAGUUGAUUCUGACUCAGACACUUGAAAGGACACAGUAGGACUGCCCAUAGAUUUUUCAAGGCUGU